AUGAAUGUAGUAAAAAAUGAUGUUAUGUAUACAAUGGUUUUCAAUGCUUGUGGUAAACUUGGAAAUGAUCGAGCUAUCAAGAUUGGGAAUAAGCUUUUUGAUGAAUUACCAGACAAUUGUAAAAGUAGUACUGCCACUUUAAAUUCAGCUCUUCAUAUGUUGAUGAAAUUUGGUAAUAUUCAAAAAGCUGAACGUGUUUUUAAAUUAAUUCCGCAAAAAAGUGUGAUUACAUAUGGAGCAAUGAUGAAAGGUAAUCCAAUUCAGGCAACUUUGUGC